UCAAUGGGACAGUUUGCUUAAUUUCAUUAAUACAAUGUCCUAUAUGAAAAAUGACAAUGAACGUGCAAUCUAAGUGAUUUAAAGGAAAACAAACGUGCAUGGUGUAUAAUUAUGUGACUGAAUGUGAAAGAGUAGCAUUAAAAAAAUGUUUCAUCACGAAUACGAGAAACGGCUGUUGAAGUCAAAUAGCGAGAGCCAUAUAGAUAGUCUGGCAGGCCCUGGACUUCAUUCGUCAGUAUAUUUUUCGCCAACUAAAAUGAUGAAUAAUAGUUUCGAUCGAUUUAUACCGACACGAUCAGGCAAUAAUUGGCAAACUACGUUUUCAAUGAUAUCAGAGAACAAUCGAAACGGCAUAGUCACAAAAAAAACUCGUGAGAACGGAGAAAGUAAUCGUGAUGGUAUUGCUUAUUCUUGUCUUCUAAAAAACGAACUUCUUGGAGCAAGCAUAGAAGAUGUAAAAGGACAGUGUGAAGAACGAAGAGUGUUAUCACCAUUAGUUACCAGAAAUCUCUUCAAAUACAUUACACCUACAAAAGACCACACAUUAUUGGAUCAAAGUUCACCUUAUUCUUUGUCACCGUUAAGUGCCAAGAGUCAAAAGCUUCUAAGAUCCCCAAGGAAAACAACAAGAAAGAUUUCCAGAAUACCUUUCAAAGUACUGGAUGCUCCUGAACUACAAGAUGAUUUUUACCUAAACCUUGUUGAUUGGUCUUCUCAAAAUGUUCUUAGUGUUGGCCUAGGUAGCUGUGUCUAUUUGUGGUCUGCGUGUACCAGUCAAGUGACUAGACUAUGUGAUUUAUCCAGUGAUGGUAAUAGUGUAACAUCAGUUGCUUGGAAUGAAAGAGGAAACCUAGUUGCAGUUGGUACACAUUUGGGCUAUAUCCAAGUUUGGGAUGUAGCUGUGAGUAAACAAGUAAGCAAAUUACAAGGACAUAGUGCAAGGGUUGGAGCACUAGCUUGGAAUGGUGAAGUUUUAUCAUCUGGUAGUAGAGAUAGGUUAAUAUUACAAAGAGACGUCAGAACUCCUUGUGUUGUCAGUGAAAGACGUUUAGGAGCUCACAGACAAGAAGUUUGUGGUCUCAAAUGGUCUCCAGAUAACCAAUAUUUAGCCUCUGGUGGAAAUGACAAUCGUCUUUAUGUAUGGAACUUACAUUCCCUUUCACCAAUACAAACAUAUACUGAACAUGCAGCAGCUGUUAAAGCUAUUGCGUGGUCUCCACAUCAUCAUGGUCUUUUAGCUUCUGGUGGUGGUACAGCAGAUAGAUGCAUCAGAUUUUGGAACACAUUAACUGGUCAACCAAUGCAGUGUGUAGAUACUGGUUCUCAAGUUUGUAAUUUGGCCUGGAGUAAACACAGUUCAGAACUAGUCAGUACACAUGGUUAUUCUCAAAACCAAAUUUUGGUUUGGAAAUAUCCUAGCUUGACGCAAGUUGCAAAAUUAACAGGACAUUCAUAUAGAGUUUUAUAUUUGGCUAUGUCACCAGAUGGUGAAGCUAUUGUAACAGGUGCUGGAGAUGAAACUUUGCGUUUUUGGAAUGUGUUCAGUAAAGCGCGUAGUCAGAAAGAAAAUAAGUCUGUAUUAAACCUCUUUACUAGUAUUCGAUAA